GCCCUGGUCCUGGCCCGCGGGAGGGAGUCCGGGAGACGUUCUGUCAUCCUGAUUGCAGCUUGCCGGCCCUAGCUGCCUACCAAGUGCGCGCCGUGGGCCGUGGCUGGUCGUGCACUUGUCCUCGACCGCUGUCCGUCAUGUAGCCGGCGGGGGCAGUGUGUGUGAUGCCGCACGACCGUGUCUCAUCAUGUGCCCCUCAGCACAUCCCAUCCCAUCACUACGCUUGCCGCUCGGUGAGAAAUGAGAGAACAUGUGCUGCUCUCAUCUCCUUGUUGAGCGCCUCAUUGGCAGCAGCUCGCGGACUCCAAACCCCCAAAUCAUGGCUCUGUGCCGCAGCCUCUUCAAACACGGGCGCCUUGGGGCGACGGCAUGCCCAGCCAGGGUGUUGUCAGCCCAAACUCAACUGUCUAGUAGAUCUGCAUCAUCUCAAGCUAGCCGUAGCGGUCCAUGUAGAAGCGUUGGGGUCUCGACAGCUUUUCUUUGCUUCUUAUUGUUGAUCAGACAACCAGUGGCAACGUCGCGCCUCACUGCAGUGGGAAGAAGCAAUUAUCGUAUACACGCCAUGCAGCCACAUAAGAGCUGUCACAGCAGAGUAGGGCCUGCUUACU